CCCUCACAGGGGACAGCAGACCAGACAGAACUAAGACGAGAGGAAACCUUCCCAGCUCAAGCAGAACCCCAGACAUCACGAUGCACGGCAAGAGCGUGGUCCUCCGCAGUUCCGGAAACCUGACAGCAGCCGAACUGGGUUGCCAAGUAUCCGAGAAGGAUACGGCACGGAAAGAAUCCUUCUCCGCCAUAUGGAAAGACCUGUCACUUAGCACCAGGCCAGAAGAAGGCUGGUCUUGGUCUGAGGUAGACAGAAGGCGGAAGGAGACCUAUCACCAGCAACAGGAGGCUCGGGUCGUGGUGCAGCGGUCUCCGUGGGGCAUCCUCCGUCUAGGGCUGCUGGGGGAACCCUUGACCUCCUACCACCUGCCGUAUCAGCGGGCCUUGCCUUUGCCCAUCUUCACUCCUGCCAGGCUAAGUGGCAAGGCCGAGCGGGAGCUGACGCCGACUCCUUCCGAGUCAGUGGAGUCCUUGCCAGCUGCAGGCGUGUGUCUCGACAAAACGCCCCUGGUCGAGAUCACCAAGGAAUUGCCGCCUGUCGUUCAGCCCAGCCGCCCCGACUUCAGAAAAGCCGGCCUGCCCCGCUCCUUGUCCCGCUCCAUGUCUCAAGAGGCCCAAAGGGGGUGAAGCGGAGAGCCCCCCCCCCCAAUGCACUGCUUUUUCUUUUGGGACUGGCUUGGAUGCCGUGGCCCCCCCACCUGCUGCUGCAUGAGGCCUAUAGGAAAGGGGUCAAACACGUAGAACAGUCUUUGUAGGAUCAAACCCACACCGGCCAUUCAGACUGAGAACACUGGGUGGGGUUGCCAGUUCUGGGUUGGGAAACACCUGGAGAUUUGGGGGUGGAGUCUGAGGUGGGCGGGGUUUGUGGAAGGGAGGGAGUCCAAAUCGGCCAGGUUCUCCAGGUGAACUGAUCUCUGUGACCUGGAGAUCAGUUGUAAUCCCAGAAGAUCUCCAGGCACCACCUGGAGGUUGGCAACCCUAACUCUGGUGGGGGCACCAACUGUGAUUCUGUCUCUCUGUGUAUAUCCAAUUAGAUGUACAGUGCCAUGCACUUCUAUCACCUGUGCUUAUAUUGCUACACCUAGGUGUGUAUUUUGAAAAAAACAACAACUAUUCCCCUGGGAUACAGGGGAGCCCAUUGCUGUAAAAGGUGAGCAAAAGGGAGUCGCGGUCCUAGGUGGUUCAGAGGACUCCCUAAAACUUGAUAGUGCGCAACUUAUUUCAGUCCAGUGGUUUUAAAGAAGGAGAUGGGGGCUGUUAGCACGAGAGAGCUGAGACUCCUGGUCCCAGUUCUGGAAGGAGGAGUGUGACUUGGUGGUUAGUGGUAAGUGGAUGAGAUGGAAGAAUUCUGGUGAUGUUCCUGGGUAAGAAACAGAAAGGAAUUAUGGCGGUCCAGGGGAUAUGCUUGAAGCACUUAAAUGUGACACUUGAGGAGUAGAAGGAGGACCGUAGGACGAAGCCUGGCAAGUUGAGUUCCUGAGUCUUUUCCCUCGGUCCCCUGGCAAACUUUGUGGCAGAUUCAAGCGGUAUCAGAAUGCCCCAAUGCACAAAUGCUUGCCAUGCAAUGAAGAACAAGGGCAUUCGCCUUGGGGAGGUGGAAAUCCCAGGUUGCAUGAAAAGGCUUUGGUCUGGCUACAGUAAGGAAGACAAGAGAAGGAAAGGGCUUUGGUCUGGCUAUGGCAGGUUGAAGCAGCAGUAGAGGUUUGGAUGCAAUCCCAUCUCCCUUGAGAUGAAAUGACAAUUGCCCUUAGAAAGGCAAUUCACCAACAAAGGUGGAGAAUAGCAUUGUGAAUAACAAGCCGCACAGUUUUUGUCCUUUAUUUUCUUUAAAGGUGUGUGAUUGAAUGACUGUAUUUUCCUGUAUAGCAUUCUUACAGAGUAAUAAAAUCUGGAAAACCUCAA